AUGGCUGGGCUAGCUAUUGUUGACACGGGUGUAUUGAUCUUCUCCGAGAUCCUAUGGAAGCUGAUUGUCGCCCAUCGUCUAGUCCCGGGAAUGGAAGGAAGCUUUGCUUUAUUGAGUUCACUAUGGUACGGAGCCGAGAGCAUGGCGGUCUCCUCGGGUCUAUUCCUUGCUGAAAUGAGUAUAGACCGAACCAUCGCCAUACUCUACCCGAUGAAGGCCGUGACCAUCUGCACCGCGUCGCGAGCCGUUAAGAUCACCGUGUCGACCUGCCUCAUAGAGGUGGGUCUCCACCUUCAAACGUUCUUCGUACUCGAUGUACCUGACCCACCGAAUGGUGCCCUCAUCCGGAACUUUCCUGAAGCGAGAUGGUUCGAGACGUUCUACAACACCUAUCUCCUCAUCCUUGGCACUAUCCUCCCAUUCUCUACGAUCGCAAUCUGCAAUAUCACCAUCCUCGUCGCAAUUAAUCGCGCCAGCGUCCGUCGCAGGAAAAUGAAAUCUGACACGGCAGAAAAAGGGAGAAUCCGGGAUUCGAAUCUGACCGCCAUGUUAUUGAUGACGUCAUUUGCAUAUCUUCUCUGCUCAUGCCCGAAGAGAAUUUACGAAUCGUCGGUUGAAUACGACUUGAGCAUCCCCUACUGGAAGGCCCGGUACUGGUUGCAGUAUUUUGCUUGUGUUUUGGUGAUAUUCGCUAGAACUGAGGAAGAGGCUUGUAGAAAAGUUCGUGUUGACACUCCCGAAGUUACCCGCUCAACACUUUCCGGGAACGUCGAGAUGCUCGAGCACCACAACCUCUACAUCCGAGGUCUACUUAAUUAG